UUAUGGGUCGGACUCCAUUUUGACUUCGACAGAGCGGAAGGAGGAAGAGUGAAACAUUAACCUGAAGGUGUUCAGUCAGUCAGGUAGUUCAGGCUCCAUUUUGACUUCGACAGGCUGACGCAGGACUGACUGAAGCCCAGAAGAUGAGUGUUUGUCUGGAGGAAGAGGAGGGCAGAGCAGGGUCUCCGGGAUCCAGCUGUCUGUCUCUGAAGAGUGACUGGUCCAAAGAUCUUCCCCCAUUCUUCAGCACUGAACCCAGACCCUCAGACACAAAACUGACUGAAGCCCAGAAGAUGAGUGUUUGUCUGGAGGAAGAGGAGGGCAGAGCAGGGUCUCCGGGAUCCAGCUGUCUGUCUCUGAAGAGUGACUGGUCCAAAGAUCUUCCCCCAUUCUUCAGCACUGAACCCAGACCCUCAGACACAAAACUGACUGAAGCCCAGAAGAUGAGUGUUUGUCUGGAGGAAGAGGAGGGCAGAGCAGGGUCUCCGGGAUCCAGCUGUCUGUCUCUGAAGAGUGACUGGUCCAAAGAUCUUCCCCCAUUCUUCAGCACUGAACCCAGACCCUCAGACACAAAAGAGAGGAAGAGGAGGAGUGGUGUUUCUGUGGAGCAGCAGCAGUCCAGCUGUGCUCUUUGUCGGGACGUCCUGAAGGAUCCAGUCUCUACCAGCUGUGGACACUGGUUCUGCACACAGUGCAUCACCUCAUACUGGGACCAGUCUGGUUCCUCAGGAGACUCCUCCUGUCCCCAGUGUGGAAAAAGAUCCAGAACAAGAACUGGACUACAGACAGGCAGUCAGACCUGCACUGUCCAAACAGAUAGUGGUCUGCAGGAGGUUUUAGAUGAACAUAAGGUCAGUCUGAGGAACAGAUGUGAACGUGUGACCGAAGGAACUGAUGGAACAGGAAGUGGAACCCUCCUCAACAGGAUCUACACUGAGCUCUACAUCACAGAGGGACAGAGUGAAGAGGUUAAUACCCAACAUGAGGUGAGGCAGCUUGAGGCAGCUUCCAAGAUGAAGACCCUCCAUGACACUCCAAUCAAGUGCUGCGACAUCUUUAAAGCCUUGUCUGGCCAACAGAGACACAUCAGAGUGGUUCUGACCAACGGCGUCGCUGGCGUUGGAAAAACCUUCUCAGUGCAGAAGUUCACUCUGGACUGGGCAGAGGGCUUGGAAAACCAGGAUGUCAGUCUGCUGGUUCUGCUUUCGUUCAGGGAGCUGAACCUGAUCAGAGAUGAGCAGUACAGUCUUCUCACGCUGCUCCAAGUUUUCCAUCCAACAUUACAGAAGGUCACAGCAGAGAAGCUCGCCCUCUGUAAAGUUUUGUUUAUCUUUGACGGCCUGGAUGAAACCAGACUUUCACUGGAUUUCAACAACAGGGAGGUUGUGUCUGAUGUCACACAGAAGUCGUCAGUCAACGUCCUGUUGACUAACCUCAUCUGGGGGAAUCUGCUUCCCUCGGCUCUCGUCUGGAUAACUUCCCGACCUGCAGCAGCCAAUCAGAUUCCUCCUAAAUGUGUUGACAGGGUGACAGAAGUACGAGGCUUCACUGACGCCCAGAAGGACGAGUACUUCAGGAGGAGAUCCAGUGAUGAAGAGCUGUCCAGCAGAAUCAUCUCACACAUCAAGACUUCCAGGAGCCUCCACAUCAUGUGUCAGAUCCCAGUCUUCUGCUGGAUCAGUGCUACAGUUCUGGAGCACAUGUUGACUACAGAGCAGAGAGGAGAGCUGCCAAAGACCCUGACUGACCUGUACGCACACUUCCUGCUGGUUCAGACAAAGAGGAAGAAGCUCAAGUAUGAUGAUGGACAUGAGAUGAAUCCACAGGAGCUGAUGGAGGCUGACAGGGAAGUUUUUCUGAAGCUGGGGAGGCUGGCGUUUGAACAUCUGGAGAAAGGAAACAUCAUGUUCUACCAAGAAGACCUGGAGCGGUGUGGUCUCGAUGUCACAGAGGCCUUGGUGUACUCAGGAGUUUGUACAGAGAUCUUCAGAAGAGAGUGUGUGAUCUUCCAGAAAACAGUCUACUGCUUUGUUCAUCUGAGCAUUCAGGAGUUUCUGGCUGCAGUCUACAUGUUCCACUGUUACACCAACAGGAACACAAAGGUACUGAAGAACUUCCUGGGGAAAAAAUAUGUUGAUUCAACCCUGGAUGUCUUCCUGAGGGAAGCCAUGGAGAAAUCCCUCAAAAGAAAAAAUUUUCACCUGGACCUGUUUGUUCGCUUCCUUCAUGGUCUCUCUCUGGAGUCCAACCAGAGACUCUUAGGAGGCCUGCUGGGUCGGAUAGCAAACAGUCCAGAAAUUAUCCAGAGAGCCAUCGACAACCUGAAGGAGAUGAGCAGUUACGAUAUCUCUCCUGACAGAAGCAUCAACAACUUCCACUGUCUGAUGGAGAUGAAUGACAACUCAGUACAUCAGGAGAUCCAAGAAUUCCUGAAGUCAAUGAACAGAUCGGAGAAGGAACUCUCUAUGAUCCACUGCUCAGCUCUGGCCUACAUGCUGCAGAUGUCAGAAGAGGUUCUGGAUGAGUUUGACCUGAAGAAGUACAACACAUCAGAGGAGGGACGACGGAGACUGAUCCCAGCUGUGAGGAACUGCAGAAAGGCUCGACUCUCUGGUUGUGGACUCUCAGAGACUCACUGUGGAGUCGUGGCCUCAGCUCUGAAGUUCAACCCCUCCCAUCUGAGAGACCUGGACCUGAGUGAAAACAACCUGCGGGAUUCAGGAGUGAAGCUGCUGUCUGCUGGACUGGAGAGUCCAAACUGUAGACUGGAGACUCUGAGGUUGAGUUCCUGCAGUUUGUCAAAGAUCGGCUGUGAUUCUCUGGUCUCAGCUCUGAAGUCCAACCCCUCCCAUCUGAGACACCUGGACCUGAGUGAAAACGACGACCUGCAGGAUUCAGGAGUGAAGGAUCUGUGUGGUUUUCUGGGGCGUCCAGACUGUAGCCUGGAGACUCUGAGGUUGAGUUGGUGCUGGUUGUCAGAGAUCAGCUGUGAUUCUCUGGUCUCAGCUCUGAAGUCCAACCCCUCCCAUCUGAGAGAACUGGAGCUGAACUUCAAUGACCUGCAGGAUUCAGGAGUGAAACUGCUGUGUGGUUUUCUGGAGAGUCCAGACUGUAGACUGGAGAUUCUGAGAUUGAGUUGGUGCAGGUUGUCAUGGAUCAGCUGUGAUUCUCUGGUCUCAGCUCUGAAGUCCAACCCCUCCCAUCUGAGAGAACUGGACCUGAGCAGAAACAGCAAGCUGCAGGAUUCAGGAGUGAAGGAUCUGUGUGGUUUUCUGCAGAGUCCAGACUGUAGACUGGAGAUUCUGAGGUUGAGUUGGUGCAAUUUGUCAAAGAUCAGCUGUGAUUCUCUGGCCUCAGCUCUGAAGUCCAACCCCUCCCAUCUGAGAGAAUUGGACCUGAGUGAAAACAACCUGCAGGAUUUGGACCUGAAGGAUCUGUCUGAUCUUGUGGAGAGUCCACACCAUAGACUGGAGACUUUGGGAUUGAGUUCCUGCAGUUUGUCAGAGACCAGCUGUGCUUCUCUGGUCUCAGCUCUGAAGUCCAACACUUCCCAUCUGAGAGAAAUGGACCUAAGUGAGAACAACCUGCAGGAUUCAGAUGUAAGGCUGCUGUGUGGUUUUCUGGAGAGUCCGGACUGUAGACUGGAGACUCUGAGGUUGAGUUGCUGCUAUUUGUCAAAGAUCAGCUGUGCUUCUCUGGUCUCAGCUCUGAAGUCCAACCCCUCCCAUCUGAGAUACCUGGACCUUAGUAAAAACUACAACCUACAGGAUUCAGGAGUGAAACUGCUGUGUGGUUUUCUGGAGAGUCCAGACUGUAGACUGGAGAUUCUGAGGUUGAGUUGGUGCAAUUUGUCAAAGAUCAGCUGUGAUUCUCUGGUCUCAGCUCUGAAGUCCAACCCCUCCCAAUUGAGAGACCUGAACCUGAGUUAUAACUACAAGCUGCAGGAUUCAGGAGUGAAGGAUCUGUGUGGUUUUCUGGAGAGUCCAGACUGUAGACUGGAGAUUCUGAGGUUGAGUUGCUGCAGUUUGUCAGAGACCAGCUGUGCUUCUCUGGUCUCAGCUCUGAAGUUCAACCCCUCCUACCUGGGACACCUGGACCUGAGUGAAAACAACCUGCAGGAUUCAGACCUGAAGGAUCUGUCCGAUCUUGUGAAGAAUCCAGACUGUAGCCUGGAGACUCUGAGAUUGAGUUGGUGCAGGUUGUCAUGGAUCAGCUGUGAUUCUCUGGUCUCAGCUCUGAAGUCCAACCCCUCCCAUCUGAGAGAACUGGACCUGAGCAGAAACAGCAAGCUGCAGGAUUCAGGAGUGAAACUGCUGUGUGGUUUUCUGGAGAGUCCAGACUGUAGACUGGAGAUUCUGAGAUUGAGUUGGUGCAGUUUGUCAGAGAUCAGCUGUGAUUCUCUGGUCUCAGCUCUGAAGUCCAACCCCUCCCAUCUGAGAGAACUGGAGCUGAACUUCAAUGACCUGCAGGAUUCAGGAGUGAAACUGCUGUGUGGUUUUCUGGAGAGACCAGACUGUAGACUGGAGACUCUGAGGUUGAAGUCCUGCAGUUUGUCAGAGAUCAGCUGUGCUUCUCUGGUCUCAGCUCUGAAGUCCAACCCCUCCCAUCUGAGAUACCUGGACCUGAGUGAAAACAACCUGCAGGAGUCAGACCUGAAGGAUCUGUCCGAUCUUGUGAAGAAUCCAGACUGUAGACUGCAGACUCUGAGAUGGAAGUGGUGAUCUUUAUGAAGGUUAGAGUGAAGAGGACGGUGUGUAUGUGUUGAAGGAGGGUGAACUGUGUCCUGAUGAUCCAGAGAGGUUGAAGCAGCAGCAGCAGCAGCAGCAGCUUGUGUAGAGAGGCUCUGACUGGGCCAUGUACUGGGAGGUGGAGAGGAGAGCUCCGUCCAGCAGUGACUGACGGAGGAAUCAGAAGAAGUGGAGAUGACUCUCAGUGCUGCAG